ACGAAUAAAUUCAACCUCCAAAGUAUGCCGACUGUUGUUACAUCUUGCAUCCGUCAAUCCAACGACGAGCUUUACUGACCACUGAAAAGGAAUAAAUCAGAAUUUUCGUGCAUUUUCAAUUAGGUAUUUGACAUCGAGUGUUGUGCGUUCAAGAAGGAUUAAGUUUUAUCGACGUUUUGUUUACAGUGGAUUCGCGUAGGAAUAUUCAACAUGCCUGCUAGAGAACCAGAUGCAACCAACGGCUUUGGCCAAUCACGCGCAGAAGACAUCGUCAUCUCAGGUUUGUCCGGACGAUUUCCAGAGAGUAACAAUGUUGAAGAGUUCAAGCAGCAACUAUUCGAUGGCACCGACAUGAUCACAGACGACGAGAGAAGGUGGCCUGCCGGUCUACAUGGUCUACCAACGAGGACAGGAAAACUUAAAGAUUUAGCACACUUCGACGCCCAAUACUUCGGCGUACACGCCAAACAGGCCGAACAGAUGGACCCCCAACUACGAAUAUUAUUGGAACUCACCCACGAGACUCUCGUGGACGCAGGGCUUAACCCCGCCGAGAUGAGGGGUUCAAAAUGUGGAGUUUACCUUGGAAUUUGCGCCAGCGAGUCCGAGGAAUACUGGGGACAAGACCCGGACAAGAUCAAUGGCUAUGGUUUAACAGGAUGCUGCAGGGCUAUGUUCGCAAACAGAAUCUCUUACACUUUUGACUUUAAAGGACCAAGUUACGCGGUCGACACCGCUUGUUCAAGUAGUUUAUACGCUCUCUCACAAGCUAUAAAUGCCAUAAGAUCUGGCGAAUGCGAUUCUGCCAUCGUUGGAGGUGCUAACUUAUUGCUUAAACCAAACGGCUCUCUACAGUUCCAUCGAUUAAGUAUGCUAAGUCCGCAAGGUAUGUGCAAGGCCUUCGAUUCAUCCGGAAACGGGUACGUUAGAUCGGAAGCGGUCGUCACGAUCUUACUACAAAAAGCUAGUGCAGCUCGAAGGAUAUACGCCACUGUCUUGGGUGCUAAAACAAACAUGGAUGGUUACAAAGAACAAGGCAUAACGUUCCCAUCCGGUAAAAUGCAACAAAAACUGAUCAGUGAAGUUUACGCAGAAACUGGUAUAAACCCUGCCGACGUUAGUUAUAUUGAAGCUCACGGAACAGGUACAAAAGUGGGUGAUCCCCAAGAAGUGAACUCGAUAGCAGAUUUCUUCUGUAAAAAUCGCAAAGAUCCGCUACUGAUAGGGUCAGUGAAAAGCAACAUGGGACACUCUGAGGGGGCAUCAGCCAUGUGUUCUAUUGCCAAGAUUCUAGUAGCCAUGGAAGCAGGUACCAUUCCAGCUAAUUUGCAUUUUAAGGACCCUAACCCAGACAUUCCCGGUCUCACUGACGGACGUUUGAAGGUAGUAUCGAAGGCCCAACCAUGGAAAGGUGGUCUUGUUGCAGUGAAUUCCUUUGGUUUCGGUGGUGCCAAUGCUCAUGUGAUACUCCGCUCGAACCCAAAGCCGAAAACCAAGUGGCCAGCUGCGACUAUCCCUAGAGUGGUGGGGGUAUCAGGAAGAAGUGAGGAAGCUGUGAAAGAACUGUUAGAAUUGUCAGAGAAACACAAAGAUGAUGAUGAAUUUUUGUCUCUAAUCGAUCAUAUUCACAAAAUGAACAUUGCCGGUCAUAACUACAGAGGUUAUGGUGUCUUGGACGGAUCAGAUACCAAAGAAAUCAACCAAGUAUCUUCGGAAAAAAGGCCCAUUUGGUUUGUGUUCUCGGGAAUGGGUUCUCAGUGGCCAGGUAUGGCUAAGGACUUAAUGAAAGUUGAUAUCUUCAGAAAUUCCAUCAAGAGAAGCGCCGAUAUUGUGAAACCACAUGGAAUUAACUUAGAAGAUAUUUUGAUCAAUGGAACUGAAUCUAGUUUCAAUAACGUUUUGAAUUCAUUUGUUUCUAUUGCUGCUGUUCAGGUUGCCCUUACUGAUGUACUGAAAACUCUUAAAAUUGAACCUGAUGGUAUUAUAGGACAUUCUGUUGGUGAAGUAGGAUGUGCUUAUGCUGACGGCACAUUCACAGCCGAACAAGCAGUUCUUUGUGCGCUAGCCAGGGGAAGAGCUAUUUUAGAUAGUAAAUUAGUACCAGGUGCAAUGGCUGCCGUUGGUUUGACCUGGGAAGAUGCCAAAAAAAGAUGUCCACCUUCAAUAUUCCCUGCUUGUCACAAUAGCGAAGAUAGUGUUACCAUAUCUGGUCCCCCAGAAGAUAUCAGGAAAUUCGUUGCUACUCUGACUUCAGAAAAUAUUUUCGCCAAAGAGGUGAACAGUUCAGGAACUGCUUUCCACAGUAAAUAUAUCGCUGAAGCAGGUCCAAAACUACGUGAUGCUCUGGAAAAACUAAUUCCAAAUCCUAAAAAUCGUUCAUCUAGAUGGAUUUCCACUUCAAUUCCUGAAUCAGGAUGGAACACACCAUUAGCACAACAAAGUUCAGCUGCUUAUCAUGUUAAUAAUUUGCUGUCUCCAGUUCUUUUCAACGAGGGGUUGACACAUGUUCCAGACAAUGCUUUAGUAAUAGAAAUUGCUCCUACUGGAUUACUUCAGGCUAUCUUGAAGAGAUCUUUGGGAUCUAAUUGUGUCAAUGUUAGUUUAGUGAAAAGAGGUCACAAGGACAAUGUUAACUUCCUCUUGUCAGCUAUAGGAAAAAUUUAUGCAGCUGGAGGACAACCUCAAUUGAGUGAAAUGUAUCAGUCUCCUGCUCUACCUGUUGGUAGAGGUACUCCUAUGCUUUCAACACACGUCAAAUGGGAUCAUUCCACAGAGUGGGCUGUUGCCAAUUUCUCUGGCAGAGGUUCGAAAUCGGGAGAAUUGGUGGUCGAUAUUGAUUUGAGCAAAGAUACUGAUGAAUACCUAGCUGGCCACACAAUUGAUGGAAGAGUUUUAUUCCCUGCUACAGGAUAUUUGACUCUAGUAUGGAAGACAUUCGCCAAAUUAAGGAAUGAAGAUUUUGAACAGAUGCCAGUUAUACUAGAAGAUAUUAAUUUCCACAGGGCCACCAUAAUGCCUAAAGAAGGAAGUGUGAAAUUCCUAAUCAAUAUUUUCGAAGGAUCUGGAGCUUUUGAGUUGUGCGAAGGAGGUUCAGUAGCUGUGUCUGGAAAAAUAAGAGUACCCGAAGAGUUAGAUAAAGAAAUGCUUGAAUUACCCAAACCUGAAAUGAAAGAAGAUAAAACAGCACUUCCACUAGAUACCAAAGACAUUUACAAAGAAUUGCGACUUAGAGGCUACGAUUAUGAAGGUGUGUUCAAGGGUAUCAAAGAAUCUGAUAAUCACGGUAUUGCUGGUAAACUAUUAUGGAAAGAGAAUUGGAUAAGUUUCAUUGAUACCAUGCUACAAUUCUCCAUUCUUGGUUUGAACACACGAGAAUUAUAUUUACCUACCAGAUUACAAAGGGCAAUAAUAAACCCUAAAAAACAUCUAGAAAUGCUUAAAGCCAUGUCUGAGGAAGAGAAGAGCACCCCAGUUUACAUGUAUAGAAAUAUAGGUAUAAUCAAAGCUGGUGGCAUUGAAUUGAGAGGUAUGAAAGCUAGUUUGGCACCAAGGAGGCAAGUACAAGAAGACCCUAAACUAGAAAAAUAUAUGUUUGUGCCUUAUGAGAAUACUCAGGCUCUAACUGACAAUCAAGAAAAGGUGAAAAAAGAUGUACUUACAGUUUUGUCUCAAAUUAUUCUUGAAAACAGUUCUGGAGGAUUGAAGAUUAAAUUGACAGAAGCAGUUGUUGAUCGUCCUAUAGAGUCGGUUUUGUCACCAAUGAUCAAGAACAUUUUGGAAAAGGAACCUUUGAUUGCUGUUGACGCAACAGUAGUAACAUUAGGUCCAGUUGAUACAUCUGUAUUAGAUGAAAAUGAUGUCAAACAUACCCAAAGAGACAUGCUCAAUACUUCUGUAGAUCAAAAUGUCCAUGUUGUUGUAGGAAGUGAUCUAUUGACACACAGCAACUACAAACUGCUGAAUAACGCUGUUAGUUCUAUCAAAGAAGGAGGAUUCAUACUUCUUGAGGAACCCAAAAUGCAGCUGAAUAUGUCAAAAUUGGCUUCAAUGGACUUACAAAUUGUUAGCACCCAACUUACUGAUACUAAAUUGUAUAUACUCCUGAGAAAAAUGACAGAAGUUCCUGCUGACGCUAUUGUAAUGAAAAUGACCGAAACCAACUUCUCAUGGGUUGAAUCAUUGAAAGAAGCAAUGAAAAAGAGUGAAUCUGAAGGUACCAAAAUUUACUUGUACUGCCAAGGCGAAGAACUGACUGGCCUGAUUGGUAUGGUAAACUGUUUGAAACAAGAACCAGGGGGUGCAAACUUAAGAUCAAUCUUCAUUCAAGACAAGAAUGCAGCACCUUUCACUCUAAACGCUUACAGUAAGCAGUUGCAGAAAGAUUUGGUUCAUAACGUUUUGAAGAAGGGUGUUUGGGGUUCUUACAGACAUCUCACAUUGGACCAUGUUAAUGAAUCCCAGAACCUUCAAGUUACCCAUGCAUAUAUCAAUACACUUACACGAGGAGAUUUAGCCAGUUUGCGAUGGAUUGAAAGUGCUCUCUCAUUCCACAAGGGAGAUGAUCCAAAAACAGAAAUGUGCCACGUCUACUGCGCACCCCUCAAUUUCCGUGAUAUCAUGUUAGCAACAGGAAAACUUCCCCCAGAUGCUUUACCUGGUAAUCUUGCUGGACAAGAAUGUAUUCUUGGUUUGGAAUUUUCUGGUCGUAACUCCAAAGGAAAACGUGUGAUGGGAAUGGUGGAUGCUAAAGGAUUGGCAACGACAGUUCUCUCUGAUCCCAUGUUCUUGUGGGAAGUUCCAGAGAAAUGGAGUCUGGAAGAAGCUUCAACAAUUCCUGUAGUCUAUGGGACUAGCUACUAUGCCUUGAUGGUGAGGGGUAACCUCAAACCUGGAGAAUCUGUAUUGAUCCACGCAGGUACUGGUGGUGUAGGUCAAGCUUCAAUAGCUAUUGCCUUACACAUGGGAUGCAAAGUCUUCACCACCGUGGGUAGUCAAGCUAAACGAGACUUUUUGAAGAAAACAUUCCCUCAACUUACAGACAGAAAUAUCGGUAAUUCCAGAGAUACUACUUUUGAACAAUUGGUUCUUUCUGAAACUGAUGGUAGAGGUGUUGAUGUUGUUUUAAACUCUUUGGCUGGAGACCAGUUACAAGCUUCAGUACGUUGCUUGGCUAAAAAUGGAAGAUUCUUGGAAAUUGGAAAGGUAGAUCUGUCCAAUAAUUCACCCUUGGGAAUGAGUAUUCUCUUGAAGAAUACAGCAGUGCAUGGUAUUUUAUUGGAUGCCCUGUUUGAUUCAGACUCUGCAGACAAGAAAGAGGUCAGGAGAUUGCUUUCUGAGGGUAUUACCAAUGGAGCUGUUCGACCUCUCCCAGCAACUGUAUACAAUGACAAUCAAAUUGAACAAGCCUUCAGAUAUAUGGCAUCAGGAAAACAUAUUGGUAAAGUUGUUUUGAAGAUAAGAGAUGAAGAGUCUCGUCAAACCAUGGUGCCUAAACCAAGAACUGUAUCAGCCAUUCCAAGAACUUAUAUGAAUCCUGAUAAGACUUAUGUUCUUGUUGGUGGUUUGGGAGGUUUCGGUUUGGAAUUAGCUAAUUGGUUGGUGAAUAGAGGAGCUACAAACAUCGUAUUAACUUCCAGAAGCGGAGUUAAAACUGGCUAUCAAUCAUUGUGCAUCAGAAGAUGGAAAGAUAAAGGCGUUAACGUCUUUGUAUCUACAGAAGACGCUACUACAGAGAAAGGCGCAGGGCGACUAAUGGAACAAGCGAACUCACUUGGUCCAGUAGGAGGCAUUUUCAACUUGGCUGCAGUGUUGAGAGAUGCCAUGAUGGAGAAUCAAACCGAAGCUGAUUUCAAGACUGUUUGUAAACCGAAGGUAGAUGGCAGCAAACAAUUGGAUAUUGCCUCGAGAAACAUGGCCCCUCAAUUAGACUUUUUUGUCAACUUCUCAUCUGUUUCUUGUGGUCGUGGUAAUGCGGGUCAAGCUAACUAUGGUCUUGCUAAUUCCGCCAUGGAGCGUAUUUGUGAAGCAAGACAAGAGAUUGGUUUUCCUGGUGUCGCUAUCCAGUGGGGAGCUAUUGGUGAUGUGGGUUUGAUUCUUGAUUUCAUGGGCGGAAAUGAUACAGAAGUAGGUGGUACUAUGCCCCAAAGAAUGGCUUCAUGUUUGGCCACCGUGGAUAUUUUCCUACAACAGCCACAUCCAGUUGUAGCAAGUAUGGUUCUAGCAGAAAAGUAUAAGUCUAAAGGGGAUGGUAGCAAAGUUAGCUUAAUAGACGCCAUUGCAAACAUACUUGGUUUGAAAGAUUCUUCAAAUCUUCCUGGUGGUACUACCUUAGCUGAACUUGGAAUGGACUCAUUGAUGGGUGCUGAAAUUAAGCAAACUCUGGAACGUAAUCAUGACAUUGUUAUGAGUGCACAAGAGAUAAGAACACUCACAUUCGGUAAAUUAGCUGAACUUGAAGGAGGUGCAAAAAUAUCUGAAUCCUCUGGGGAUAAAUCAGCACGGAAGGAUGAACAAGUUCAGUAUGGACAGUUUGAAUUAAUGCCAUCUAAAACAUUGGUGUCGAUGUCUGGAAAAGAUGUUGACAAAACUAAACUUCCAGUGUUCAUGGUUCAUCCAAUUGAAGGCAGUGUUACAGCUUUAGAAUCAUUCGCAAAACUCAUCAAAGUUCCUGUUUAUGGAUUACAGUGUACCAAAGAUACUCCUUUAGAUAGUAUAGAAGCAUUAUCAACAUUCUAUAUCAAGCAGAUCAAGUCAGUACAGCCAGAAGGGCCAUAUUCAAUUGUGGGUUAUUCAUUUGGAGCUUGUGUAGCUUUUGAAAUAGGAAUACAAUUAGAGAAGGAAAAACAGAAGGUGAAUUUGUGGUUAAUUGAUGGUUCUCCAUCUUACGUGGCUACUCAUACUGGAAAGGCCAGAGAUACCAAAUCAUUUAGAGGCAAUAUAUCUGCAGAGCAGAGUGAAGCGUUAGUUUACUUCAUAAUGCAAUUCAAGGAUGUUGAUCAACAGAAGGUUGUAGCAGAACUAAUGCAAUUGAAGACUUGGGAAGAAAGAUUAACGAGAAGUACAAAAAUGUUAUCUGGAUCGACACCGUUCUCAGAUGAUGAAGUUUCAUCCGCUGCCUCUAGUUUCUUCAAUAAACUAGUUGCAGCUGAUAAAUACAAACCAAAAUCUAAGUUCAAUGGGGAGAUAAUGUUAUUUAAAGCCACAGAUAAUUAUGUCCAAAUUGGAGAAGAUUAUGGUUUAUCACAGGUAUGCAAGCAAAAAGUGAAGAUAGAUUCAUUAGAAGGAAACCACAGAUCGAUUUUGCUAGGACCAACAGCUGAAAAACUUGCGAAGAUUCUUCAACCUGUCUUGUAGGAUUUGUAAAUGAUUCAUGAUUCACAUUCCAUGUAACCCAUCACUCAUUUUUUUUCUUAUCAUUGUAAGAAAUUUAUUUUUAUAAUUUAUUGUGAUUAAUAGUGAUAGUAGAUAAGACUCACAUUCAAAUGGUGUAAAAAUUUUAUUUAUUCAUAUUGAACUGAAAGUUCAAAGCCUUAUUAGUGGUAGGGUGUUUCAGUAGUUUGAAGCACAAAUAUUAAGAAUUAAAAUGUUCCUUAAAAAAAAUUGUAUAUACGUAUUUCGCUCUAAGAUGGAAUAAAAUUUCAAAAUUAAUUAAU